GUUCUCCGAGAGACCUUAACAAACCCGCAAGUUCAUUUGAACUGUCAGAAGCUCAGUCCAAGUUCUUCCUCUUCCUCGCGACAAGACCUCCCCUUCUCAGCAAAGCGCCUGCUGGCCAAAAAUUCCCUUUUCCUUUUCUUUUCUCUUCCUCCUUCUCUAUCUCAUUCUCUGUAUUCUUUAUAAUAUAUCCCAUCUCUCUCCAAACAUGUCUAUCUGGGAUUCGCUCAGUGGUCGCAAACAGGACAAGGGUCCCGGUGCCUUCGAUCCUACCAGCGCGCAAGAUGCCACCUCUUUCCUCUCCGAAGUCGCCAUUCCCGAUCCUACUCAGCUCCAUCCCCUUGCUGGCUUGAACCAAGAUACCCUCGACUACAUCUCCCUCGAAGACUCCGCCCUCGACCAGCUCCCCGGUGACCGUUCGGUGCUGCCCUCCCGCGGAUGGUCGGACGAUCUCUGUUACGGAACCGGAACUACCUAUCUUGCUGGUUUGACAAUCGGAGGUGCAUGGGGUCUGGCUGAGGGCCUCAGGAAGACGCCGGUAUCGGCACCCCCGAAGAUCCGCCUCAACGGUGUCCUGAACUCGAUCACGAGAAGAGGUCCCUUCCUCGGUAACUCCGCCGGUGUCGUGGCCAUGGUAUACAACGGCUUCAACUCCGGUCUGGGAUACGCACGUGGCAAGCACGACGCGGCCAACAGCAUUGUCGCUGGUGCUCUGAGUGGAAUGGUCUUCAAGAGUACCCGGGGUCUGAAGCCCAUGCUGAUCUCUGGCGGCAUCGUCGCGGGUAUCGCGGGAUCUUGGGCUGUGGCGCGCAAGGCAUUCCUGUAAAUGUCUCUAAAUCAGUCGAUUCAGUUGUAUUUUAGCACUCGAACUCGAGACGACGACCUUGAUCCGAUCAUGCGUUCGAGAACCCAUAUGAUGUGUAUGGCCUGUUUCACCAAAGCGGGAGAGGUUGAUUUGUUGCUUCACUUCGACAUGUUCACGCUGUAUUAGAACGGUUUUUCUUUUUUUUUUU